CGUGUACCUACUUAGCUUUUCAUUUUCCCUAGGCCCGUAAUCUAGGUUCCGUGCUCCGGAAGGUAUUAAAAAUGGCCGUCUCCGCUAUCGAGAUGAGAUCGAGUUUCAGCUUCAAUCUUUGUCAAAGUUUGAUUGAGCAUUUGGGUACAGGUCAAGAUGGCUUCUUCAACCCUCUUCUCAUUUCUCAUUAGAUUUGUCGCGUUUCUUCUCCUAAGUAAAGCGGUCAUUGGGGAGGUGAGCUCGAAGAAGGCAGCCCGACCCAACCCUCCGAAUGGUCGUUGGAUCGAUGCAUGGGCUUCAAUGCCGCAGUUAACGGAACCUGCGAACCUUCCUCCGGCGCCUUUCAAUCAAACCGGGGCCGUUUUCGUAAACUCGACUAUUCGACAGACACUGCAUAUGUCAGUUGGGGCAUCGCAAAUCAGAUUGAAAAUCUCCAAUGCCUUUGGCGUCACGAGCCUACCGAUCACGGCAGUCACAGUGGCCUUACCCGCAAAUCAAACUGCAGGAAUCCACCAUAUCGAUCCAAAGACACUCCAGACCGUGACAUUCUCAGGCAGUUCUUCAAUCUCGAUACCAAACGGCGCUCUCGCAGUCACGGACCCUCUAAACUUUGCUAUAAAAUCUCAAAGUAUUCUCACAGUGACAAUCUAUCUCGCCACUGGGCAAACAACGAAUAGCAUCACGUCACAUCCGGGAAGUCGCACCACGUCAUUCUUCCAACGAGGCAACGCCGUAAGUGCCUCUUCAUUCACGAUUACGGAUGUGAGUACGCAAAGCGUGGCGCAUUGGUACUUUAUAUCGAGUGUCGAGGCUUGGGUGCCGCCGCAUUUCGGCAGUCUUCUCAUCGUAGGAGACAGUAUUACAGACGGAAGGGGUAGUGACACUAAUAAAAACAACCGCUGGCCCGACCUGCUUCUCGCAAGGCUACAAGAGAGUCCUGGUACCAACCACAUCGGAGUUGCGAAUCUCGCCGCAGGCGGAAACCGAGUCUUAAUCGACGGCCUGGGUCCAAACGCAUUGGGCCGGAUCGACCGAGAUGUCCUAGCUCACCCUGGGGUCAAAUACGCUAUGAUCUUCGAAGGCGUCAACGACAUCGGUACCGCCGACGCCACACCCACCGCCCAAGAAGCCGUCUACCAAUCCCUCACGCAGGCCUACCAAUUAAUUUCCACCCGCAUCCACGCAUUCGGUAUUCCCCUUUUUAGUGCAACUAUCACGCCCUUCUCCGCGCCAAGCAACUACACAGGCCAACCGUACAGCGCACCGGAAAGAGAAAAUACUCGCCAGAGAAUCAACAAGUUCAUCAAGGAAUCCGGCGUCUUUGACGCGGUGGUGGAUUUUGAUAAAAUGCUCGCGGACCCGAAGAUUCCGAGUCAGUUGGCGAAGGAGUAUGAUUCUGGGGACUAUUUGCAUCCAAAUGUUAAGGGGUAUCAAAGGCUGGCGGAUUUGUUUCCGACGGGGGUUUUUGCGGCAUGGGAGGGGGGUGCAGAUGAGUUUAUGUAAUUGCGUAUGUAGGAUGAAAAGAAUCUAGUAUCAUGAG